AUUGAUGAUUUGCAGGUAUGCCCAUCAUAUCCUGAAAAAGUAAUUGUACCCAAGGGAAUUGGAGAUGACUAUUUGAGAAUUAGCGCCACCUUCCGAGAUGGGUCGCGUUUUCCUGUUCUUAGCUACUUUCACAGUAGUACACAGUCGUCCAUAGUGAGGUGUGGCCAGCCACUGAUUGGGCCAACAAAUCGACGUUGUAAAGAAGACGAGAAUAUUCUGAAAUCACUGCUAGCUCAUAAUCGUGGUACUAUAAUUGACACAAGAGCUAAGCACAUCGCUCAAAGUGCUAGGAGUAAAGGUGGUGGUUGUGAAUCACAAAUACACUACUCGCAGUAUCGAUACAUGUAUUUUCCAAUACCACGAAUUCGAGAAAUUCAUUUAGCCCUGGCAAGGAUGGUGGAGCUGUGCAACGACAAAACAGUAUCAUGCGAUCGACUCAUUGCUAGACUUGCUUAUGCGUCAUGGUUGCAUUGCGUCUCGGAUAGCUUGAACUGUGCUGCUAAUGUGGCGCAGUGUGUUCUUUCCAAAGAAGUACCUGUUAUCGUUCACGGUGGUGAAGGAACGGACACGACAUUAUUGGCGACAUCUCUGGCACAAGUUAUUCUUGACCCAGAUGCAAGGACAAUUCGAGGGUUCCAGUCUUUGAUAGAGAGAGAAUGGAUUUGUGCUGGGCAUCCUUUUCAACUUCGAAACGCGCACUCGGCAUAUGCUGAAGGAGCUAUCACUGGUUCUCAAGAAAGCCCUGUUUUCCUGUGUUUUCUUGAUGCCGUAUACCAGAUCAUUGCUCAAUAUCCGUUAUCUUUUGAGUUCGGUGAAGAAUUUUUGGUGUUUCUGUUUGAACACGCCUACGCGAGUGAAUUUGGUUCUUUCUUAGGCAACAGUGAAAUGAUGAAGGAAGAACUUGGUGUUAAAGCGUCCACCGUCUCCUUGUGGUCGUAUGUCAACAAUCCUGAAAUAUUACGAUCUUUUGUCAACACCUCAUAUGAACCGAGAGUGUCUGUGCUUUGGCCAUCGGUUGCUCCGCAGAGCAUUCAUGUGUGGCAACGGUUGUUCUUCCGAUGGCAGAUCGACUGGUCAGAACAAGAUCAGCUGAGGAAGUCUGCUUCACAAUGGCGAACUAGAGAGCGUGAACUGAUUUCUCGGGCUUUGUCGUUAAGGAGGCAGUUGAUUGAAUUGUCAAAGGAGGUGCUGCUUCAACCAGCGAUAUCUCAACAGUCGUCGGUUUGA